CAGCGGGGUCCACCCCCGGCAACACCACCGUAAUGCCUCGUGGCCUGGCCUUGCUUUUGGUGGCAGCGGCGACAUGGGCCGUGGCCUCCCCUGCGGACGGGUGCAAUAAGGCUCUCUGCGCCAGCGAUGUCAGCAAGUGCCUCUUGCAGGAAGUGUGCCAGUGCGAGGCGAACCACGCUGGCUGCCCAUGCUGUCAAGAGUGUGCCUUUUGCCUGGGGAACUUGUGGGAAUCGUGCUGCGAAUGUGUGGGGCUUUGUGACGAACGCCCAGCCUCUGCCCCUCGGUCUGCCCAGAGGAGCUCCAUGCAUAACCUGAUGUCUCCCGUCCCAUCGCUCUUUCGGGCCCUCAUGGCUAUCUCUGACAACGACCCCCCCGUGGGUUGGAGCAUCCUGACCCUGCCGGUGGACGAGGAGCUGCGACAGAACCACGUGGAGACCAGCCACCUGUUGCUGGGGCCACACACAAGCCUGGCCCCCCCGGACACCAAGGGCCCCAACACGACGGCUCCCCCCUGCCAGGCGAUCUUCUUCAACGAGUGCCUGUCCAUGAGCCGAUGUCACGCUGCCGGUCAGUCGGUUGGGGCCUGGCGCUACCGCUGGUUCCACAACGGCUGCUGCCAGUGCUUGGGACCCGACUGCCGGGGCUACGGAGGCGCACAGGCGCAGUGCUCCAACUGCCGGGAAUGAACCUCAGGAUCUCUCUCUCCCCCCC